AUGGGAAACUGCCUCAAAGGAUGCCUUUCCGACGACACCGAUGGCGGGCGAAAAGGCCGAACGGGGAUGAACGCGAGCGAAAGUCAGUACGAGAUCCUGAUCGAGGGUAUGCAAUGCACGGACGGGAGACCAGACGAGCGGGAAUCGCAAGGAGCAAUAAAAAGCAAAUCAAACGGAAAAUCAAACUUUUUUAGCAAAUUCUGGCCGAGCUCGAACGUGGACUACGCAAGACUGAACAAGGGAAAACACAAUAAUUUUUCGAAACGGGCCACCGGCAGCGGUGGCAGUAACCCAGGAGGCAAACAUAAUCAGCAUCCAAAGUUGGGAUUGGACAUUCAACUGCAGUGCCUCGAUGCACAUUCUUUGCUGCUCGUGUCGAAGGAUGGCCAUCGGAAAUCGAACAACGGUUACAACGAUCUGCAAACGGACCAAACCUCCACGCCUGGGAGUUCGCUCGAUUUGGAGUGGGAAAAUGAUUACGGCUACCAGCACGGGCAGUGGCUAUUAACUGAAGACGACCAAGUUGGAGCAACACAGCUGCACAGCUUCCCGGCGUCGGUACAAGAGUCCGUGUUCAAGAUAGAAGAAUGGUCGACGCUCAAACGCAGCAAGGAUCGUAUCAACGCGCUCCGGAAGCUCGAUCAUCACCCGCAACACGAACGUAGCCAGUGUAGCCAGUCCGGUAGUCGUCCCCGAUUAAUGGCAUCAAAAUCAACCGGUGGGGAAGACGAUGUAGCAGGUUCGCUGGAAUGCAUUCGACCAGCACCGAGCCUCCGAACGAUGCCACUGUUCGAACAGCACGCCUCAAGCCUCACCAGCGUGGACAGGAUGGCCCUGGGUGGAUCUUCCGAUCUUUCGCACAUAUCAACGACCCCGGAAGGUUCGCUCGAGUGGGACAUCGAUCAGGACCGGCAGCUAAAGUCGGAGAACGAAUCGCUGGACUACGACACGAAGGAGCUGCUGCUGGAAAUCGAGCAGCUGAAGAACCGCGUGCUCAACGAAACCGGAGCCACACUGAAGGACGACGAUCUGACGAGCAGCUGAUCG